GCAGGUGAUAGCAUCGAUGGAGGGAGUGACUGAAGUGACUGAAGUGACCCGAGACUGGAGUGAAAACAGCCGCCGAAACAGCUAAAAUCCACUUUGCCUGCCUCUUGCUGCUCCUUUCAUUGUACACAAUCUGGUGAGUAUUGUAUAUAUUUGCGUGGGUUCGCGGCAAUACAGCAGAGUUUCCAGGCUGACUUUCACGCCCCAGUCGCUUUCCUUUUAAUCAACACCGUGGGACGAGACAUCAGAUAAGGUCGAGGGUCCCCAACAUUCUCCUGUCCGACGACAGCAAUUCCCCCCCAACACGAAAACUGCCGCCAUGACGACUCCUCGAGAUGGCGAGUCUUCUGCUCGACCUUUGCCCGUUCCAAUGUCGUCGUCGCCGGGUUCAGCAAGAGGAAGAUUAUCUGGCAGUCCUCUCCCACGGGCAGCCUCAACAGCAAGACUAGCUUCCCCAGUCCCGUCUCACAGCACAGUGGGAACACCACAAGUACGCCAGAUACCUACGUCGAGUCAAGUUGGAGCAGGCUCUAUUGUUUCUGGUAGCUUGACGCCGCUUGCUGGUCCUCCACCCCACUCUUCACAGCCUGGACCGGGAGUGUCAGCUCUUGCACUUGCUUUGUCGAAUUCUUUUGGGCAGUCACCACCGAAAUUCGGUACACCUCCUCUACGACCUCUUUCUCCUAGUGCUGCCGGCCACCAAAUAUUACCUUCUGGACUACAGAGCAAUUACGGUUCAUUCGACAGAGCUCGGUCAGUUCAAGGAGCGCCGGGUUGGGCCGGUCCAAGUACAUAUGAGGAUCCCGAGAUUGUGAAGAGACAUCUUGUGCAGCCUACCGAAACGGGAGACGCAACUCACGAUGGCAUAUUUGGACCUUCUAUGUCAUUCCGAGCAGGGUCACCGGCUGGAAAGGGGAAACAAAACAAUGAGGAGAUAGCACCAGGACUGGAUGACGACGAGUUCUCGAGUUUGCGGCUACAAGGAGGAGAUGUUACGCGGCCCAUAUACAGAUGGACUGAAGAAGCACAAGCACGGUCUGGGCGGGGGAAAGCUCAGAGAAGCCAGAGUUUUCACCUCUCGCGGCCAUACCCUGAGAAUGAAGUGCUUGAUAUUGGGUCAAUCAAAGUCCCAGGGGGUUUCCGCCGAAACUUUCUUCGACGUGCUGCAGCGAGCCCAUCUCCUGCUGGUAGACAUGCCGAUGAGAGUACCGUGGGACUUCGUUCACAACCGAAAAUGCUCACCAAUAAUUUUAUUGAAUUUUUGACGAUAUAUGGUCAUUUUGCUGGUGAAGAGUUGGAAGAAGAUGACGAAGUUCUAGGACCAAACGAAUACUUCUCGUCCGAAGAUCAUUCGGCACUUGGAGAUGAGGGUAGUGAUGACGAUAGAGAACCUAUGGAAGACAGUGCUUUGCUCACACCGGGCCGCAAGAAGAGAAAGCGCAAGGAGCGACAAGUGGAAGGGACGAAUGGGUCAAUGGGAGCUGCUUUACUUCUGCUGAAGUCAUUCGUCGGGACUGGUGUUCUUUUCCUACCCAAAGCAUACCUGAACGGCGGCAUGCUCUUCAGCAACCUGGUUUUGAUUGGUGUGGCACUUCUCAGCUACUAUUGCUUCGUUCUACUUGUCAACACCCGCCUGAGAGUGAAUGGAUCAUUUGGUGACAUGGGUGGAAUUUUAUACGGGAACUGGAUGAGAACUACGAUCUUGGUCUCCAUCGUAAUCAGUCAGAUUGGCUUUGUCGCUGCCUACAUUGUUUUCACGUCCGAGAAUUUGCAGGCUUUUAUUCUUGCGGUCUCGGAUUGCAAGACCCAUAUUGAGGUCAAAUGGCUGAUUUUGAUGCAAAUGGUAGUCUUCCUACCAUUUUCGCUGCUGCGCGACAUCAGCAAGCUCGGCUUUACCGCUCUGAUUGCUGAUGCGUUCAUUCUUAUCGGCUUGGUAUACCUUUACUACUACGACAUUCUUACUAUUGUCCGACAACAUGGAGUUUCGGACAUUGUCAAUUUUAAUCCCAACGACUGGACACUCUUUAUUGGAACCGCCAUUUUCACUUUUGAAGGAAUUGGCUUAAUCAUUCCGAUUCAGGAAUCGAUGAAGAAUCCCAAGAAGUUCCCUCCAGUCCUUGGCGGAGUCAUGAUUAUCAUUUCUGUGAUAUUCAUCUCCAUGGGAGCGUUGUCCUAUGCAGCUUAUGGCUCCAAGACAGAGACUGUUGUCAUUCUCAACCUUCCACAAGAUGAUAAGAUGGUCAACGGAGUACAAUUCCUGUACUCCCUAGCUAUUCUACUGUCUACACCAUUGCAGAUCUUCCCUGCAAUCAGAAUCACAGAAAAUGAGCUCUUCACCCGAAGUGGAAAGUACAAUCCAUACAUCAAAUGGCAAAAGAACCUCUUCCGUUUCUUUGUCGUCAUGCUUUGCGCUGGAAUUGCAUGGUUCGGUGCCAACGAUCUUGACAAGUUCGUGGCAGUGGUAGGUAGCUUUGCCUGUGUGCCAUUGGUAUAUAUCUACCCACCCAUGCUGCACUUCAAAGCCGUAUCUAAAACCACAUUCCGCAAAACAACCGAUGUCCUUCUUUGCAUUUUUGGCCUAGUAGUAAUGGUCUAUACCACCUCCCUCACAGUCAUCAGUUGGGCAAGUGGGACUGUAGAACCAGGUCUUCCAAGCUACUGCGACAAGCAGAAGUUGAAGUUCCCAUUCUAACACCACCACAUAACAAACACAUCAGACUACACAUUUAACCGGAAUGGUUCAUCCGGCCCGGGCAUUGGAAAGGAAACUUGGUUUUCGGUUUUUAUUAGAAUUGCUUUUCUUGCAUAGCGCUGCGCUGCUACCUGUUUCCUUCUCACGGCUGUAAAGUACAUAGCGAGUUCUGCUUACUAUUCUGUACUCGUUGCUUCCUCCCUGCAUGCAUACAUCCAUGAUCCAUGGAUUCACUUCCGUUUACUGUUUUUCCUUUCGCAGGCGUGCGGAGCGGCAUUGUUACUUAUACGAGAUGACUAUGAGAUGAGAAUAGAAAGUUGAACGA